AUGGAGUCGGUGGACAGUAUGUAUUCGUCGAUGCGCUCACCACUGCCAAAUGGGCAGUACGAAAUGGAUGUUAAGUUUCGGCAAGCGGUCGCCAUCAUGACAAAUCGUGAAAGUUUGGAGUCGCUUUCAUACAGCAGACUGCUUGCACUGAGUGCCGAAAUGGAGAAGCUCAUACAGGUUUACAAUGACAGCCUAGUGGAGCAGCUGGCGCAUCGCGACGAGCUGGAGUACGAGAAAGAGAUGAAAAACACGUUCAUUUCAUUACUUUUAUCAAUACAGAAUCGCCGGCGGCAUUUUACCAGUGAAAGAAAGCGCAAGGCGCAGAAAAUUGACCCCUCGCAACUGCCGCAGUAUGUCACGGCGACUAUUCCGUACGAUGAAACACGCCUCUCUAUGGAUUUGAGCACAUUGGUGGCGCUGAUAAAAUGUAAGAGAUUAAUAAUAUUUUAUAAAUAG